UCCAUUCUGCUUCCCUGCACCCUUCCAUUGGGUCCCUUGAUUUCAGCCUUCUCUCAACAUCUAUGCAACUGUGAGAAGCCUCAGACUGAAGCUGCCAUCCCCCCCCCCCCCCCUGCCCCGCAUACCUGUGGCAUCUCAGGAAUCAGGAUUGAAGUUCCCAUCAUCGCACAAAGAAUGGCGACCACGGUUCUCGGUGUGGGCACAGGAGUGUUUGUGAUCUCCGCCAUCUGGGUUGUCACCUUGCUGCUGUGUGUUUUGUUGUCCCGCACAUCUGGGGCGGCCCGAUUGCUGAGUAUUGUAUUCUUCAUCCUGGCGCUGAUCGUCACUCUGGUUCUGAUCUUCUUCCCGCGAGCGAGUGAGACUUCCACUGCGCAGAAGGAGUUUCAGAUUGUGGACACGUUCUUCAUCGGCCGCUAUGUCCUGCUGUCCGUCAUGAGCGUCAUCUUCCUGGCCAGCGUCUUCCUGUCUCUGGUAUACUAUAUUCUGGAACCCGUAUACGCCAAACCCCUGCGGAGCCACUGA